AUGUUCCAUGGAUUGCCAAGUGAAGACCCCAUUGACCACCUUGAUGAGUUUGAUAGGCUUUGUGAUUUGACAAAGAUCAAUGGUGUCUCUGAAGAUGCCAUCAAGCUGAGACUCUUUCCUAUGUCUCUAGCUGACAAAGCUCACCAAUGGGAGAAGAGCUUGCCCCAUGGCACAAUCACCACUUGGGAUGAAUGCAAGAAGGCCUUUCUUGCUAAGUUUUUCUCCACCGGUCGCACAGCCAAGCUUAGAGGAGAGAUAUCCAGCUUCAUCCAGCGAAACAAUGAGACAUUCGCAGAGGCUUGGGAGAGGUUCAAAGGCUACACAAGUCAGUGCCCACACCAUGGAUUCAACAAUGAAUCACUACUCUCCACUCUUUAUAGAGGAUGCUUGCCUAGGUAUAGGGAGAUGCUAGACACAGCUAGCAAUGGGAACUUCCUCAACCAGGAUGUAGAUGAUGGCUGGCAACUUGUGGAGAACAUAGCUAACUCAAAUGGAAGCUAUGGAGAAGAGUAUGAUCGCACCAACCGGAGCUCGACCCACCACUCGAUCGAGUCAGACGAAAAGUUGAGAAAAGAUGUUAAGGCAUUGAAUGAGAAGUUGGAUAAGCUGAUCCUAGCUCAGUCCACAAUGAAGAAAGUCAACUUUGUGUCUGCUGAGGAGAUGGAACCAGUCCAAGAAGGGGAGGAUACACAAUUUGCUGAGGUGUGCUACAUGAGCAAUGGGCAAGGAGGUUACAACAAAGGAUACUAUAAUUACAAGUCCAACCCUGCCAUGUCAUACCGCAACACUGAUGUUGCUAACCCUCAGGACCAAGUCUAUCCUCAACAACAAGCAGCUCGAUCGAGUCAAGCCACAACAUGGCUUUCGUCUGGAGGUGGUUUCAUGUCAUUCGGACCAGCGGUUCAGAAGAUACGACGAUAUUGGUUGGACUCGACCCACCAGCUCGACCGGCCAGUUUCCAACUCGAUCGAGCUGCUUUUCCAGGAGUCAAAGUCAAACCCGAAAAAUGUUGCUUCCCUUUGA